GAAUCUUGCAGCUCGAUCGUAGAGGUUUAGUAUUAAUUAGAUAAGAGGUAAUUUAUCUAGCUCUUUUCAGGAAUCUUGCAGCUCUAAAAAUGAUGCAAAAACUUUAGUCACUGCUCAAAGGAAAGAUAUUUCCAUGACAGGUUGUAAGCAAUGAUAAUUUUUUGCUCAAGUAAGGUAGUGAUAUUGUAAUUACAUUACUUCAUCAUUUACAUUUUACGAGAAUGACUAAUCAAGCAGUAAUGAAACCUGGGGAAAUCAAUAUGGCUUGCCUUUGUAAUUACAGCCAACAGAAUCAGUAACAUUAACAGCAGUUUUUAAUACACAAUUCAUAGAAAUCAUCUGCUGGAUAUGCCUAUAUAUGGUACUCAAUCUUGUCUGGUCACGUUGGUAGGUCAUGAUGUCACUGAGUCUAUCCUAUGUUCUCUGACUAGUACUAAAGCAAAGAUAUUUGAAGCCAAUAUCCUUCAUUGGGUCCUGGGAAAAUUUAUUAUUUUGAUUGCCUCGUAACUCAGCUCCCUGCUUCAACAAAUUAGCAUUGAAACUGAAUGAUCAGAAGUGUGAGAUAAUGAGGUGAUGCAAAAUAUAUCAUUAUACUCUUCUGAGAAGCCUGUUUGAAUUAAAAUUGUUCCUAGGGUCCUAAUACAUUAAAAAUUGAAUUAUACCUAUUUUCUCUAUAAUAGUAAUUUCUAUGUCCUAAUUAUUGUGACUAAACAUUUCAGUUGUAGAUCUGCUAGCUGCAAAUAAAGUUGAAAAUGAGCGAAAAGAAUAAUAAGGAUGACAUACCGGUAAUUAAAAUCGAGCCUCUUGAGGUAAAAGAUGGUUCAAAAGGAGUUAACAUCUGCCAGUCGCAUGAUGGAGGACCUAAUGAAGAAGCAUUUGGGGAAAUCAAAUCUGAAGACCUGCCUGAGGUUAUGAAGAAUCGUUGUGAGCAUCCUGUGCACAGAUAUAUUCUGCGGAGGCCUGAAGAAAAUAUAACCUCAGAGUGCUGUGAGGGUGACAGCUCUGUCAAGGAUGAGUGCUGUGAGGGUGACAGCUCUGUCAAGGAUGAGUGCUGUGUGGGUGACAGCUCUGUCGAGCUGCCUGUUCUGCCAUCAGGUUUCUCCAAUGAGGAAAUUUGUCCGUUCUUUGAAGAUGAGCCGUUGAUCCAGGCUACGAGCCGAAAGUAUGCUGAGAAGGCCCUUGAGCAACGUGAAGAAAAAAUUAGCCACAGGGACAUCAAGAUUUCUCCCAGCACCACCGAGCAGAUCCGCAACGAGCCCCGUGGUGGGGGCAUGCGGGGCGGCAGUGGGUCUUUCAUUGGCCCCGGAGGCCUUGGUAACUUAUCGACGAUGACGGCCCCAACUGACGAUGCUGGCCCCAACUUCAAUGAUGGCUGUGGGACCAGACCCAAGGACAGAGGAUUUAACAACAAUAACAUGGGCGGUGGUGGCGGAUUUGGUGGUGGACUAGGAGAUCGAAUUGUACUUUAA